GCUAAUUUUGUGCCAUCUAUCGAUCAUAGUUUGUACCUCUGAAAUGAAAUUCAGGUUUUGUUGAGGAAGUGGUAAUAGGUUUUUUCGCAAGUCGUUGAGAAGGCUAUUACUUUUACAUAACUGAAGUUUAUGCAUGAAGGUUGAGAAUUGCCAUUCACAGCACAACCAAUAACAUGAGUGACCACAGUGAACCACAGGAUUCUGAACAACCACAGCCUAGAGGUUGGGAAGCUUUAAAACAACAUGUUAUUGAUCAUAAAGUUGAAGUAGCAUUAUGGGCCACAAGAGUUUUCACAAUUAUAUUCACGUUUGGAUAUUUCAUACCACUUUUAGGAAAUCCAUACAAUGCAUAUUACAAAGCACUUAUAUCCAAUGCUGCUACAAGUGCACUGCGGCUUCAUCAGCGAAUUCCACGCGUGACGCUCAGCCGGGAAUUUCUGUCACUCUUGCUCCUUGAGGACAGUUGCCAUUAUUUAUUUUACUCCCUUAUCUUUCUUUAUGUAACACCAGUUACACUGGUCCUGUUACCUGUAUUUCUGUUUGCAGUUCUUCAUUCUGCAAGCUACUCCCUAACACUACUAGAUACACUUGGCCAGAAUUCAUGGUGGGGAGCUAGACUGUUAAUAUCAUUGGUCGAGUUUCAGUCACGCAAUAUUCUGCGACUUGUGGCCUUCACCGAAAUAUUUCUCGUACCCUUCACAGUUGUGCUGAUAUUCAUGGGAAGAGCAAGUUUGUUGACUCCAUUCAUCUAUUAUCAUUUUUUGACACUUCGGUAUUCUUCUCGACGCAAUCCUUACACUCGCAACAUGUUCUACGAGUUGCGUGUACUCUUGGAAGGUACUGCCAGGAAGCCUGGAAUACCUUCAUUUUUACGGAACAUUCUGCUGUCAGUUAUUUCUCUUGCAUCAAAACUUGCACCACCACAGCAGACUCAACAAUAGUGUAUCAUAACAUGACAAAAGAAUAUUUUGGUGGAGGCCUUCAAGAACCAAACCAUGAUACUUGGGAAUGGCAAUUGGAUAUUUCUACUUAAAGUGACAGUGUACAAGAUACAUUAAUAUGAAUAUACAGUCAGUUGCUGAAGUUCACAAUAUUUUCAUCAAUGAUUCCCAUCCUUUGUUACAUAACAAUAGAUAUACUGUGUUGUGUUUCCUUUUUUCUGUGAUCUCUUCAGGUUUUAUUUGUGUAAAUUAAAAUAUUAUGAGAAAAUAGUGUGGAUUAUAAGCAGAUAAUUGACAACAUAUCACUGAUCAAAUUUACAAAAAAGAUUCAGGAAUCAAGUUCCAUUUUUAGGUGCAUUCAUAACAAAGUUGCAAAGAAUGCCUAUUAGCUUUGCGUCUAACGACUAUGAAAUCAUUGAAUGAAUGUUUGUGAAAUUUGAUACUGAGGAAUUUACAAACAUCACCCAGCCAGAUACAUUGUAGAAACCAUUCUCAUGCACAGGCCAUUGCCCGCAGAAAAAUCAGACAGUUACCGGUGCCAUUCACAGGCUAGUGGUCAAAUUCUACCAGAUGCACUGGAAUCAUUAUGCUUUGCAUAAUUUCCUAACUCAUUUAAUAUUUGUAUAAUUUUGACAGUCCAGUGGAAGCCUGUUUUAAUACAUGCUCUGCUCCAUGGAACAUACCACGCAACUUCCAUCAUAGGAAUUUCAAAUCCUGUGGGUAUAUGCUAAAAAAUACAGCUGUUUAUUAUUGAUUACAUGAAGUCCGACAGAAAGCGCAAAGAAUAUGACAGUAAGGUUAGUCAGACUAGGAGAAGGCUGUUAUGAGAACAGAACCCAUACACAUUACUUUCAUUAUUUUAAAUAUAUUAUAGAAAGGAAUCCUCUUUUUUUGAGGUAUAUGGGACUAAUUAAAGUUAUUAACUGUAUCUGUUAGAAAUAAGCUUAGUAAUAUUCUUUUUUGGGAUGUGUAUACAGUACUGACCAUUUCUAUACGUAGGUUUGAAUCACUCCAACCAACGUGUUGUGUGAUAUGGUGUUUUUUUGUUGUAAGAAAUCAUAUUUACAUAGUAACAUGCUUAUACAUAAAAAGUGAUUCUGACAAAAUAAGUUCCAUUGCGGGUUGGUUAGAACAGGUAGUACAGUCACCAUUACAUAGACUACAGGCGGGAGGGCGGGGGUAUCGUUUACCCCACCUCUCAAAUUGGAAUCAGGUGCUGCCAUCGUGUUUCCUCACAUCUCUGAAAUGGGAAAGGGACAGCAUGCAUGGAGUUUGAACAAACGAAUCAUAAAAAGCACAGCACAUCAUGAUAUAUAUGUCAACAAUUUUAAAGCAUGGCAGCAGAUAGCUAAUUUGUAAUUCAAAAUUGAUCAGGAAUUUAUUGUGUACUUUUUUUAAGCUCACUGGAUGUUAGCAAUAAGUUGGUGCUUGAUAUAUUUUUAAGUGAUUAAUGCAUAAUGUCUGUUCUGGACCAAUUUAAAGUACUUUACAUAUGCAUUUUGUGUGAAGGGAUUUGAUAAUAGCAUUUCACUGCAUUUUACUAUAAACUGCUUUUCCACUCACAAAUAGAAAUAAAUGGAUGUGAGUACUGGUACUUUUGUUUUGAGAAUCACCAAAAUUUUGAAUUUGAUAUUGUUGAUUUAUGGUUGUGUUGUAGUAAUGUUUAAUUUUUUGUGAAUAAAAUGAUUGAAAUACUA